CACCUCCGGCGCGAGGAAAGGAGGGCCGGAGUCGAGGUUCGCGCAUGGACCUGGUGGUCAGCAAAGGAGCGGCAUGGAGGCGUCCUGGGGGAGCAGCAGCGCCGAGUGGGGCUGGUACCUCUCGGCCCAGCAGCCUGGAGACUCGGCAGCUGAGGAGCUGCGCCCGUUGCUAAGCAACGAACUUCAUAGACAAAGAUCUUCAGGAGUUUCGUUUGGUUUUUCAGUCUUUAAUUUGAUGAAUGCCAUCAUGGGAAGUGGCAUUCUUGGCCUAGCUUAUGUUAUGGCUAAUACUGGUAUCCUUGGAUUUAGUUUCUUGCUGCUGUUAGUCGCUCUUGUGGCUUCUUACUCAGUUCAUCUCCUGCUUAGUAUGUGUAUUCAGACAGCUGUGACAUCUUAUGAAGAUCUUGGACUCUUUGCAUUUGGAUUCCCUGGAAAGGUGGUGGUAGCAGGCACCAUAAUAAUUCAGAAUAUUGGAGCUAUGUCAUCUUACCUUUUAAUUAUUAAAACAGAGCUUCCUGCUGCUAUUUCAGAAUUUUUAACAGGAGACUACAGUGGGUCUUGGUUUCUUGAUGGACAAACACUGUUAAUAAUUAUUUGUGUUGGCAUUGUGUUCCCUCUUGCACUUCUUCCCAAAAUAGGCUUUCUUGGCUACACAAGUAGUUUAUCAUUUUUCUUUAUGGUGUUCUUUGCUCUUGUGAUAAUAAUUAAAAAAUGGUCUAUCCCUUGUCCUCUGACAUUAAGUUAUAUAGAAGAAUUCUUCCAGAUUUCAAAUGCUACAGAUGAUUGUAAACCAAAGCUCUUUCAUUUCUCCAAAGAGAGUGCUUAUGCUAUCCCAACUAUGGCUUUUUCAUUUCUCUGCCAUACCUCAGUCUUGCCCAUAUACUGCGAGCUUCAAAGCCCUUCAAAGAGAAGAAUGCAGAAUGUAACCAACACAGCAAUUGCUUUAAGUUUUCUCAUUUAUUUUAUAGCUGCACUUUUUGGGUACCUUGCUUUUUAUGACAAAGUAGAGUCGGAAUUACUACAAGGUUAUAGUAAAUACUUGCCACAUGAUGUUGUUGUCAUGGCUGUGAAGUUAUGCAUCCUCUUCGCUGUGCUUUUGACAGUCCCUCUAAUCCACUUCCCUGCCAGAAAAGCUUUAAUGAUGAUAUUUUUCUCCAAUUUUCCAUUCUCAUGGAUUCGCCACACUUUGAUCACUCUAGCACUCAAUAUUAUUAUUGUUUUACUUGCAAUAUAUGUUCCUGACAUUAGAAAUGUAUUCGGUGUAAUUGGUGCCAGUACAUCAACAUGUUUGAUUUUUGUAUUCCCAGGACUGUUUUAUCUUAAACUUAGCAGAGAGGAUUUUCUCUCAUGGAAAAAACUCGGGGCUUUUGUUUUGCUCAUCUCCGGAAUCUUGGUUGGGAAUUUUACUUUAGCGCUUGUCAUUUUUGAUUGGAUCAAGAAAUGAAAGAAAUAUUUUCCUACUUAUGAGGAAUAAUUUACCUCUAUAAGCAAGAAAGAAUAAUUCUAGAAGACACCUUGGAUGAAAACUGUAUUUUAAUGAAAGUCAUUAACAGAACAGAAGAAAAUGACAAUAUGUUAGGGAAAGCAAAAAUGUAGUAGUUUUAAUCAAAAUAAAUUCAAGAUAUUUGUAAA